CUCUCUCUCUCUCUCUCUCACACACACACACACACACACUUUUCUCUUUGUGCUAAAUUCAAGAACUAACAUUUUAUUUUUAUUUUAUUUUACGUUUUUUUUUUUUUUUCAAACUUACCCAAAAAGAAAAAGAUGGCGAUAACAAUCAUCAUCAUAGCCAUUGUACUUCUCUGAAACCUUUUCUCAAACACCUUCCAUACAUAAACCCCGAAAUCUCGUUGAAGAUUCAAUAUUCUCCGAGAUUUUCCCUUUUCUUUUUAUACUUCAUUCUCGCCAACAAUGUCUUCUUCUCCUUCUUCUUCUCCGGAGGAGAAGACGAAGAAGUGCAAGACCAGGAAGAGAAUAAACUGCUCGUCGUCGUCGACGUCGUCGUCGCUGGUGAAGAAAUACCGGUUCAAGAGGGCGAUUCUGAUGGGGAAAAGAGGCGGUUCGAGCACGCCGGCGCCGAUGUGGGAGACGAACACGCCGGCGCCGGAGAUUCCGAAGGAGGCCUCGUCGGUGUCGGUGUCGGCGAGGAAGCUGGCGGCGACUCUCUGGGAGAUCAACCAAGUGCCUUGUAAGAAGAAAGAUAACAACAAUAUUGGUAAUAAUAAUCAGGUAAUUAUGAAUAAGCCGCCAUUGAAGAGCAAAGAAACUAUUCUUCCCAAACUGCCCUCGCAAUCGGCUUCGCUGCCUCCGCAUUUGUCAGAUCCAUCAUAUACUCCUCCUCUUCCAUAUAAAAUGCAGAGAAGAGAUCAUCAACAUGGUGGUGGUGUAGGCCACCACAGGACAAUGUCAGCCGUCACCCAAAAACUUCAGCUGACUGAUUAUUACUAUUUGGGAGGCUUGGAUUCGCUAAGCACUGCCAGUUUGAUGGAGGCUGAAGAUCAUCAUUCUCGAGGCAAAACACAGCAUAAAAAGAGCAAUGUUGGAGCCAAGACUCGUUUAAAAGAGGUCAGCAAUGGACUUGCUACAUCCAAGGAGCUUUUGAAGCUUCUUCACCAUGUUUGGGGGCUUGAAGAUCAGCGCUCCUUAAGCCAGUCCCUAUUCUCUGCAUUGUGUUUCGAGCUCGAUAGAGCGCUCAUCCAGGUCGACCGGUUCAACCGGGAGCAGAGGUCUAAUAGGAAUGAUAUUGAGUGCCUGAUGAAGCAUUUCGCAGAAGAAAAGGCGGCCUGGAAAAGCAAGGAGCGAGAGCGAAUUCGGGGUGCCAUAUCAUGUGCGGCCGAAGAGCUGAAAGCGGAGAAGAAGCUGAGCCGACAAACGGAGCGGUUAAACAAGAAGAUCGGAAAGGAACUGGCGGACACGAAGGCAGCUCUUUCGAGGGCAAUGAAGGAGCUUGAGAGGGAGAAGAGGGCAAAGGAGAUAUUGGAGCAAGUUUGUGAUGAGUUAGCUAAGGGAAUUGGGGAAGACAGAGCACAGGUUGAAGAGAUAAAGAGAGAGUCGGAGAAAGUUCGCCUAGAGGUCGAGAAGGAGAGGCAAAUGCUUCAGUUGGCUGAUGUGUUGAGAGAGGAGAGAGUUCAGAUGAAGCUCUCAGAAGCUAAGUACCAGUUUGAGGAGAAAAAUGCAGCCGUUGAGCAGCUCAGAACUGAGCUUGAGGCCUAUUUGAGAUCCAAAAUCGGAGGAGAAGACGGCGAAGGCUCUCCCAAGUUUGAGAAGAUAAAGGAACUUGAAGCUUACUUGAAAGAAAUCAACUUUGGUUCAUCUCAGAAAGCAGAGAAAGAAGAACCUGGGAAGGUUGGAGAUAGAGAAGAGGAAGAAGAAGAUAACGAGGGAGAUGACUCAGGUGAUAGUGAUCUUCAUUCCAUUGAGCUAAACAUGGAUAACAACAACAGGAGCUACAAGUGGAGUUACGCUUUCGGGGACGAAAUAGAAGACGGAGACAACGAUUCGAAACGGAUUUCGGUCGAUAGACCAUUCAAAGGGAGGAAAUCUAUUUCUGAGAAGAUUCAGUGGGGGAGCAUCUGCUUGAACAAAAGUGCCAAUGACAUUGAUUUGGAAUUUGGCAACAAAACACAAGGACAUACAGAUGGGUUUCACUCCGUAGUACCUGAUGUUGUUGGUUCAGAAGCUAAAACACAAGAAUAUGAAGAUGAAAUCAAGAGAUACAUAUCUGUUAAGGGCCUUGCAGACCACAUAUUAUCCGGGUCCGAAAUAGCACUAAUUCCUGGCUUUGCAAGUCCUACUAGGCAGUGGGGCUAAGCCUGAUUUUGUUGAAUAGUCAUAGCAACAGUGUUUAUGCAAAAAGAAAGGUACAAAGGCUAGGGACAAUUUGCAGCCUCUAAGCUAAAAGGAAGGAUAUAUAUAUAUAUAUAUAUAUAUGUAUGUAUAAAGUGCUUUAGAGCCAAAAGUGGUGUUUCCUUCUUUUGUUUUUCUCACUGAGUUGCAUGUUUUUAUUUCCCAAAUAGUUCAAAGCUUGUUUGCAUUAAGACAAGUACAUCAGAAU